CCUAAGAAUGCAACAGCUUCGCCCACCUGGCUUCAUAUCCAUCAUAGCAAUUCAAGGCUCUUUUAUAAUGAACGAAUCUUAUGUAAGCCUCUACAAUUCUGACAAACUUAUUGGCAAUGAGACACUAAUACGGCUAUCUCAUCAUUCGUGGAACGACAUAACAAUGGUUUUUGCAGACAUGGUUUACCUAAUCACAGGGCUGGACAUUGUUGAUCUGAUUCCUGGAGGCACAAGCUCGAAAGUAAUGGGUAUGGCUUAUACGCAGCAAGUCUGUUCUCGCUGGAAAGUUGCCGUUGGAGAAGACCAGCCUGGAAACUUUUCUGGAGUGCACACCGCUGCUCAUGAAAUAGGACAUCUAUUAGGCUCUUGGCACGAUGGCCAAAGUAUUUCAACUCCUUGCUUGGCAAAAGACGGAUAUCUGAUGAGCCCGAUAGCGGGAGGACGGAAUUCCUAUACAUUUUCGAACUGUAGCAUUGUUGCCAUUACUACGUUUUUACGGACCAGAGACGCGUAUUGUUUACGGCGCAACAAUAACAAUCGCCUUGUUCGACUGCCUAGUUUCUUCGAAAAGCUACCAGGAGAUGUCAUGAAUGGCCGGGAUUUCUGUAAGCAGCACUUUCCCAAGCACCCUGACGUCAUGUACGUGAAGAGGCCCUCGCAUCUGCCGCCGCUCAACGAGAUCACCGAGCGCGUGCUGUCGCCCUGCAUACGAGUGCAACGUCUCGUGCACGAUGGCCGGUUCGGCAUUGUCGGCCAUAUCGUCAUCGUUCCGGUUGACGUGGAGGAGAUGGUGUGCUCGCUGCGCCGCGACGUUGUUGUCCUUGGCACCAGAGGAGGUGAUGCCAGCGACAGCAAUGGCAGUAGGUGA